UCCGAGCCGCCCACCUUCCGCAGCAGGAACCGUCGGGGCGUCGUUCGCCAGAGCGCGCCCGGGGUGCGGGGGUCCGACGCCCGAGCCUUCGUCGGGGCGCAGCGCAGCCUCCCCGCCGCCAGAGUCCGGGCUGAAUGGCCUCGCCCCCGCUGGGCCGGCUGGUGCUCACGCACCUGCUGGUGGCCCUCUUCGGCAUGGGCUCCUGGGCCGCCGUGAACGGCGUGUGGGUGCAGCUGCCCGUGGUGGUGAAGGAGCUGCCCGAGGGUUGGAGCCUGCCCGCAUACCUCUCAGUGCUGGUGGCGCUGGGGAACCUGGGUUUGCUGGUGGUGACCGUGUGGCGCCGGCUGGCCCCGGGCAAGAGCGAGCGCGGCCCCAUCCGCGUGGUGCAGGCGCUGAGCGUGGUGGGCACGGCCCUGCUGGCCCCUCUGUGGCACCGCGUGGCCCCCGUGGCCGGGCAGCCCCACUCGGUUGCCUUCCUGACGCUAACUCUGGUGCUGGCCAGCGCCAGCUGCGCCUCCAACGUCACCUUUUUGCCCUUCCUGAGCCACCUGCCGCCUCCCUUCCUGCGGUCCUUCUUCUUGGGCCAGGGCCUCAGCGCCCUGCUGCCCUGCCUGCUGGCCUUGGUGCAGGGUGUCGGCCGCCUUGAAUGCCUGCCGGCCCCCGCCAACGGCACGCAGGGGCCCCCGCUCUAUUUCCCAGAGCGCUUCUCGGCCAGCGCCUUCUUCGGGGCCCUGACGGCCCUCCUGGUUGCCUCCGCCGCUGCUUUCCAAGCUCUCCUGCAGCUGCUGCCCCCCUCGCCCAGGUCCAGCCCUCCUGGGGGCUCAGAGCCCGGCCUGCAGGUGGGAACCCCCGGAGCAGCGGAGGAGGAAGAGGGGGAGGAGGUGUCUCCAUUGCAGCAGCCGGCCGUUCCCGCUGCCAGCCCGGAGCCUGAGGGGCACCGGCUGCUGUCGGCUCGCACCGUCUGCCUGCUCGGCCUGCUGGCCACCACCAACGCACUGACCAACGGCGUGUUGCCAGCCAUCCAGAGCUUCUCCUCCCUGCCCUACGGGCGCCUGGCCUACCACCUGGCCGUGGUGCUGGGCAGUGCCGCCAACCCCCUCGCCUGCUUCCUGGCGAUGGCUGUGCUGUGCAGGUCCCUGGCAGGUCUGGGGGCACUCUCUCUGCUGGGCAUGCUCUUCGGGGCCUACCUGAUGGUGCUGGCAAGCCUGAGUCCCUGCCCCCCGCUGGUGGGCACCUCUGCAGGGGUGAUCCUCGUGGUGCUGGUGUGGGUGCUGUGUGCCGCUGUAUUCUCCUACGUGAAGGUGGCGGUCAGCUCCCUGCUGCAUGGUGGGGGGCGGCUGGCUCUGCUGGCGGCUGGUGUGGCCAUCCAAGUGGGCUCGCUGCUCGGGGCCAUCGCCAUGUUCCCGCCGACCAGCGUCUUCCGCGUGUUCCGCAGUGGACAGGACUGUGUGGACCAGUGUGCCUCCUGACCCCUCUGGCA